CCUCGCCUUCCUCCUUCCUCCUCCCCCGGCCGCGCUACCAGUUCUUGGUUCUGGAUCAACAAGUUCAAUGGCGAGUGGUGGGACCGGCAAUGGAGGGAGCUUGGCGCAGUGGCUGAGGGAGAAAGGGUUCGACGAGGACGCCGUCGGGCGCAUGUCGAGACGGUGCAAGAACUUGCACGCCCUUGACGCCGGCGAGGCCUCCGGGGUCUGGGAGUACCUCCUCAGCGUCGUCAAGAUCGAGCGGCGGAAGCUCCGGCACGUGGUCACCAAGUGCCCCAAGGUGCUCACCCUGUCCGUCGACGACAAGCUCGUCCCGACGGUGCAGUGCCUCACCACGCUGCAGGCCAAGCCCGGGGAGGUCGCGCAGGCCAUUGUCAAGUUCCCCCAGAUACUGUUCCACAGCGUGGAGGAGAAGCUCUGCCCUCUCCUCGCCUUCUUCCAGACGCUUGGCAUCUCCGAGAAGCAGCUCGCCAAGCUGCUCAUGGUCAACCCGCGCCUCAUCAGCUACAGCAUUGAGGCCAAGUUCUCGCAGACGGUCGACUUCCUCGUCGGCCUUGGCAUUGAUAAGGAAGGCAUGAUCGGCAAGAUCAUGGCAAAGGAGCCCUACAUCAUGGGUUACAGCGUCGACAAGCGCCUUCGUCCUACUGCUGAGUUCCUCAAGUCGGCAGUUGGACUUCAGGGGUCAAAUCUUCAGAGGGUGAUCAUGAGUUUUCCUGACAUUUUGUCACGAGAUGUUGAUAAGAUUCUGCGGCCCAAUUUGGCAUUCUUACAGAGCUGCGGUUUCAGCAAGGAUCAGGUCAUGGCAUUGGUGGCUGGAUACCCUCCUGUUCUCAUCAAGAGUGUUAAGCAUUGCCUGGAGCCCAGGAUGAAGUUCCUUGUUGAAGAAAUGGGGAGGGACAUGGGUGAGGUGGUGGAUUACCCCCAGUACUUUCGCCAUGGCCUCAAGAGGAGCCUGGAGUACCGCCACAAGGUGCUCAAGCAGACAAACUCAAGGUGUAGCCUCAGUGAGAUGCUUGACUGUAACCAAAAGAAGUUUGCCAUGAAAUUUGGUUUGCUUGCGGCAGUUUAGGCACCCAUCAUCUCUUCAGUUCCCAUGUAGCAUGUUUGUUUUUCAGGUGAAUGUUUUUCCUUUUGUAGCAUUGGGCUGUCUUUCUUGGCAUUUUGGAUAUCGAGAAUUCAAGGCAUUUUUCUUUAGUGGGUGUUUGCUGGAA